CACAAGCUGCCGGAAAUGCGUAUCCACAGCAGUCUUAUGGAGAUGAUUUGAUGUAGAUGAAAGGCAAUAGCUAUUGCGGUAUUCUAAAGAGUUGAUUACAUUAUGACCCAAUAAUGAUUUACCCUGUGGUGGAAGAUGUGAGCAGUGAUUCCUCAGAUCAAGCAGCGAUAAAAUGAUAUGCAGGGCUUUUGUUGCUAUGUGGUGAAUAUGAUACGCUGUGAGCGGUGCUGGAUGUUCCAAAGAGAAAUUCGAUAGGAAUGGUUUCAGGUGUUUUUUUUUUCCCAUUAAUACCCGAGCGAUUCCAUUCGCCAAUCAGGCGACAAAAUGACAGUACUGCCGAUUCAAAAUCCCCAAAUUGCAUAUAUUUGUUGUCAAAUUGGCGCUUGCGAGAGUACUUUUUGUUUCUUUUCACACCAAAAUGCAGCAUCAUCAACAUCACUCCAGCGGGGCACACCAUGAAGCUAGUAGAGAUCCUAUCCUUAAUGACGAGGAAUUCUCUUUCCAUUUUUCAGAACCUAUUUCCACUAUUCACGACUGCAAGGUGCACCAUUUCGAUGACAAAGACUUUGCCGCUUCCGGGGUGGCAACCGCUCCUGCUAUUGGCGCUAUGUCUGCUGAAAAUGAAGACAGCGACUAUGUGGCUCCUAAAACAGGUCGUCCUCCCAUACCCAUCAGCCGAGACUCGAACUCCAGCUUCUCACAUAAGGGUGGUGUAGUGUGCGAAGAAAGCUUUCCAAAGUCUCAUUUCCAGCACUGUGGCAACCAAGCUAGGUAACGGUAGCAGUCAAGAUCGGAUUAAAUCAGAUCACAACAGGAAGUUUCAUUGUAGUAAUAAAUUGAUCCUGUGUGUAUAUAUUACAUAUCACACUAAAGUGCCAUUAUAAAUAGCGCGAGGGUAUGUUUCUAGUAGUUCUGGCCAUUGUACGAGGAAAUUGUCUACAACUGGGUAAAGUAACCGUCC